AUGCCUUUUCCUGGGUACCUGCAGGAUCUCAGUCUCCUCAUCGAUGAUUGCUUAAUCCCCGCGGGCCCCGUGGACCCCGUAGGCGGAGAUGAGGGCAAACUCGACCAUCAUUCCAUCUCUACUUCUGCGAUUGCUACACAAAAUCCCUCCCCUUUCACUGACCUGAAACCCAGCACAUGGCAUGAUCUAGAGCUCUUGGAUGGAUCCCAUGAUACGAGUAAGACUAGAGAGAUUGAAUCAAAGGUCGAACAGCCGACUGGAGAUACCUCAUCUCUAUUCACCUCCAAAUCCUCCGGCGACGAUAUAUCAAGAUCGUGGACUCCGCUCGCAGCUCCUUCUUCGACCACUAUAACACCACUCAUCCUCCUCAACUGGAAACCUCUUCCUUCAACUGAUGAACGCAAUCGAGAUCUUCUGAAGCUUUUCAAUCUGCCUUCUUCCAACGGUCGCAACCCUCUGGCUUACCCGUCGCAGCCAGGAACGGAGAAUCUACCCGUCAUGGCUGAGACACCCCCGACCUCACCUUACCCGGCUCCAGCUGACUUGAGCGCCAAUACACCCCAUGGUCCAACCUCCGAAAACCCUCAGAACCCCAACUACCACACCAACUUUCUCAAGGCAGUUAGAGACGCUGGAUGCGCUCCGGCCUCUGCCUCAUCCUAUGCAAUCCCUCCACUCCGAGGUAUUUCCUCACAAACGGUCGCAGCAUCGCCCUUGGCUGCCAUCUUGGACACUGCUCUUGCUACCCGCAACACCGAAGCUGUUAUUGCAGAUCUCAAGCGCUCUCAACAGGCCCCCUCACUCGCUGUCCCUCCUCAUGCAAAGAGACGCCAAGGCUCAUCUGCAAGUGCUGGGACUUCGGUAUCCUCUGGUGGAACUUCCAAUGCUGUCGAGACAUGGGUGGAUAAAGCAACGGCAGAUGAAGACGAGGAUGGAAUCUACGAAAACGAUGAUCUUGAUGAUGACGAGCAGCAACCGGCUACAAAACCUCGAAAGAUCACUGAGCGCAAGAAGAAGCUAAAUGCUGUGGCUGACAGUUUUCUCCAGGACUACCUGCAAAAGUCGAUUGAAGAGGAAAAGCGAGGUCGUCCCAAGGAUGAGGCUCUCCAAUCGACCAGAUGGCUUGUCAACCAGGCCGAGAGUCGGGAAAUUAUCUCGACUCCUCGUCAGUACCAGACCGAGCUCUUCAACGAAGCCAUUAAUAAGAAUGUCAUCGCCGUGCUAGAUACGGGAUCCGGAAAAACCCUCAUCGCCGUCCUCCUCCUUCGCCACAUCUUUGCACAGGAACUCGAAGAUCGAGCAAAGGGCCUACCAAAGCGAAUCUCGUUUUUUCUGGUAGAUUCCGUUCAGCUUGUCUUCCAGCAACAUGCUGUCCUGAAGGCCAACCUUGACCAACCCAUGGAAAUGUUCUGCGGUGACAUGGGCAUUGAUUUGUGGAAAAAAUCUACAUGGGAGAAGCAUCUGGAUAAGAACAUGGUGAUUGUCUGCACCGCCGAAGUUCUCCGCCAUUGCUUGCACCACUCGUUCCUAUCCAUGGCUCAGAUCAAUCUGCUCAUCUUCGAUGAGGCUCAUCAUGCGAAGAAAGACCAUGCCUAUGCCCGAAUUAUCAAGGACUUCUACGUUACCCACGAGGACAAGCACACUCUUCCCAAGAUCUUUGGCAUGACAGCAUCACCUGUUGAUGCGCGUGUCGAUGUGCGAAAGGCUGCUGCCGAGUUGGAGUCGAUCCUCCAUUCCCAAAUAUGUACCGCCAGCGACCCAAAGUUGUUGCAGCAGACCAUCACGGUGAAGCAGGAACAGGCGGCUGCAUAUGCACCUUUGGGCCCGAGAUUUGAAACACCGCUGUAUGCGCAGAUGUUUGAGAGAUUCAAGAAUAACACUGUCCUCCGAAAGCCUCUGAACUUUGCGUUCGACGCCACUAAAGAAUUAGGGGCGUGGUGUGCAGACCAGGUCUGGCCAUUCUGUCUCGGAGAAGAGGAGUGCAAGAAGUUGCAGGCAAAGACUGAGCGUAAGUAUCAUGCUAAGAAAAUCCAAGAACCACUAGCAGUGCUGGAGAAGCACAAGGCUCAGAUCCAAGAAGCUCGAGACAUCAUGAAAGCUCAUGUCUACGAUGCUCCUGACUUCACAGACAAGACCGCGGGCUCGAAUAAUCUAUCAUCCAAGGUUGUCUUGCUGGUUCGGUACCUUCGAGAGAGAUUCGAGCGACCAACUGAUGACAAGGCGAUUAUUUUCGUCAAUCAGAGAUACACAGCUCGUUUAUUGGCCAAGCUCUUCUCGCAACCAAAUAUCGGCACCCCUCACCUACGAUGUGGAACACUGGUCGGUACUCGUAGCGGCGAUGCCGGUGACCUGAACCAGUCUUUUCGCGAUCAAGUACUUACCAUGGGAAACUUCCGCAAAGGUAACAUCAACUGUCUCUUCGCCACAUCUGUCGCGGAGGAGGGUCUCGAUGUACCUGAUUGCAAUCUCGUCGUGAGAUUUGAUCUAUACACCACCUUGAUCCAAUACAUCCAGUCUCGAGGACGUGCGCGCCAUCAAAACUCCAGAUACAUUCAUAUGUAUGAGGCCGGUAACACAGAGCACGCGACAAUCAUGUUGGAGGUGCGAAAGAAUGAGAAUAUUUUGAGGAAGUUUUGUGAGGCCUUGCCCGAGAAUCGCAAGCUGACCGGCAAUGACUACGACAUGGAUCAUUUCCUGGCUAAGGAGAAGAGCCAUCGGAUCUACAAAACCUCCACUGGUGCGAAACUGACAUACAAGAUGAGUUUGACGGUUCUGGCGAACUUUGUCGAUUCGUUGCCCCACGCGCAAGAUACCAACCUUCAACCCGAAUACAUCAUCACUGUUCACAACAGGCACUUCAUUUGCGAGACUAUCCUCCCAGAGGGCUCUCCUUUCAGAGGUUCCGUCGGUCGUCCCUGCUCAACCAAGCAAGUCGCAAAGUGCUCUGCUGCCUUCGAGACUUGUCUUGGGUUGGUCAAGUGCAAGCUUCUGGACGAACAUCUGCUUCCCACUUUUACGAAGCAACUGCCAGCAAUGCGUAAUGCGUUGCUUGCCGUUGAUUCGAAGAAGCGAGAGGCAUAUGAAAUGAAGACUAAGCCUACGUUAUGGUCCGUCGGUGGUGUCCCCGAGGAAUUCUUUGCUACUUAUUUAGUGCUGGAUAACCCAAAGGUUCUUGAUCGUCCUUCUCAACCUCUAGUGUUGCUCACGAGAUCCCGAUUGCCACAACUUCCUUCAUUUUACUUGCACUUUGGAUCAAAUCGUCAUUCUCCCGUAGAGAUGGUUUCAAUCGCGCAGUCUAUCAAGGCUACCCCUGAGGUGAUCGCCCAGAUCAACACGUUCACAAUCUACCUAUUCAAUGACGUCUUUAGUAAGUUGUACGAAUCGGACGUCGCGAAAAUGCCCUACUUCCUGGCUCCUGGAAUCUCCUUAAGUGAAGUCACCGCCAACACGGAUCUCUCUUCUCUUAUCGCGUGGGAUGUACUAAAGGCUGUCGAAGAUCAUGUCAUCAAGUGGGCCGACAAUCCCUGGGAUAACAAAUCCUGGCAGACGGAGCCGGAUGAGUUCUUCAAGGAUAAGUUCAUCGUUGAUCCAUACGAUGGUUCGAGAAAGCUGUGGACUAUCGGCGUCACUCGAGACCACAGCCCUUUAGGCCCCGUUCCCCCGAACAGCGCUCCACGCCACGGUACGAGAAAAAACAACAACAACAUUAUGGAGUACAGUUGUAGUCUUUGGUCCAAGGCUCGAGCUCGACGAACCUUUGAUCCAAAUCAGCGUGUAGUCGAGGCCGAGUUCAUCUCCCUCCGCCGAAACCUGCUCGAUGAGUUUGAUACUCCAGAGGAGGAGAUCCCUAAGAAGUGCUUCGUAAUCUUGGAACCUCUUAAGAUAUCUCCAAUUCCUACCUCUGUUGUAGCCAUGGCGUACGUCUUUCCCGCUAUCAUCCACCGCCUCGAGUCAUACUUGAUUGCCUUAGAGGCUUGCCAAUUGCUCAAUCUGAAGAUCCGCCCUGACUUGGCACUCGAGGCUUGCACUAAAGACUCGGAUAACUCCGAAGACCACGGCACCGAGCAAGUCAAUUUCCAACGCGGUAUGGGAAACAACUACGAGCGUCUCGAGUUUCUUGGCGACUGUUUCUUGAAGAUGGCAACCUCUAUCUCGCUGUUCGGCAUCCAUCCGGAAAACGAUGAAUAUAGCUACCACGUCGACCGAAUGAUGUUGAUCUGCAACAAAAAUUUAAAGAACAAUGCCGUGAAGCUGAAGCUUUAUCAGUACAUCCGCUCUCAGGCCUUCAGUCGUCGCGCCUGGUAUCCUGAGGGACUUGUUUUGAAACAGGGAAAGACUGCUGCAGCUCCUACAACGCACAAACUUGGCGAUAAGAGUAUUGCCGAUGUUUGCGAGGCUUUGAUCGGGGCCGCUCUUCUGACCUAUCAUGAGAGUAAGGAUAUGGAUGCGGCUGUUCGGGCUGUAACAGAACUGGUCUCCAGCGAGAACCAUCAAGUUACUUGCUUUGCUGAUUACUACAAGCUUUACAAGAAGCCGAAGUAUCAACUAGCGCAGGCCACAGAGAUGCAACGCAACUUGGCCGCGCAACUGGAGCAAGAGCACCCGUACCACUUCAAGUAUCCUCGCCUAGCUAGAUCAGCUUUCACUCACCCAUCUUAUCCAUACUCGUAUGAGCAUGUUCCCAGUUACCAACGUCUAGAAUUCUUGGGCGACUCUCUGCUCGACAUGGCAUGCAUCAACUUCUUGUACCACGCAUUCCCCGACAAAGACCCUCAAUGGUUGACAGAGCACAAGAUGGCAAUGGUUUCCAACCAGUUUCUCGGCGCCUUGUGCGUGUCUCUCGGCUUCCACCGCCAUCUCCUCCUCUUUAACGCCGGCUUCCAAAAGCAGAUCUCCGACUACGUCACAGACAUCACGGAAGCCCGAACGCAAGCCGAGGCCGAUGCCGUUCGAGCUGGAAAAUCUCCACAAGACUGCAAUCCCGACUAUUGGACCUCUGUUCGCCAACCACCCAAGUGCCUGCCCGACGUCGUAGAAGCCUACAUCGGCGCUAUCUUCGUCGACUCGGAGUACAACUACGCCGUGAUUGAAGACUUCUUCGACCGCCACAUCAAAUGGUAUUUCCUCGACAUGUCCGUCUACGACACCUUCGCCAACAAGCACCCGACUACCUUCCUCACCAAGUUCCUACAGAUCAACAUGGGCUGUGCUGAUUGGAGCAUCAUGACUCGUGAAAUCAAGCAUGUAGACGGCAGCAAACCGACGGUGGUGGCUAUGGUGAUUGUCCACGGCAAGGUAGUGGCCGACGCGAAGGCUGAGAGCUCUAGAUACUCGAAGGUCAAUGCUGCAAAGAAGGCUAUGAACCUUCUGAGUGGGCUGCCUUUGUCAGACUUUAGGAGCGAAUAUACGUGCGAUUGCAAGCCGGAGGAUGUGGAAAUUGAUGGGACGCAAGGGGGUGAGCAUUUCCAUGGCACUGCCGUUUGA